AAUGCUGUGCUGCUUUUGCGAGCCAACGCGGGAGGGAGAGACCCUUUUGCAUAGAUGCCCUCCUCUGUGCCCUGCGCCCAUCAGAAGCUCUGGACCAGGUGGGACGCAGUGGCAUCUCGUAGAGGACACCCUCCCCUUUCCUGGACUGUAUGAUUUGCCUUGGCCCAGAGCAGAUUUUGGGUUGACUAUGACUUAUGGCGACCCUAUGAAUCAGUGACCUCCAAGAGCAUCUGUUAUGAACCAAGUGACUUAUAGGUAAUAACAAUUGAAAGUGAAAAUGGAAAUGGACUGUCUUCAAGUCAAUUCCGACUUAUGGCGACCUUAUGAAUGGGGUUUUCAUGACACUUGAAAGCUGCUCCUGACUCGAAGGUGCAUUGUGGCCGUGGCUACGAGAUCCCCAGAUCCAACUCCCCAGCUGGCAGCGCAAUGGCCUUAGAGGGACUGUCUGGACUGCCCCUUCUCUGGGGUGGGGUGGAAAGAGCUGCCGGGCAGCCCCCUCAGGGUCCGGUGACCUUUGAGGAGGUGGCUGUGCAUUUCACGGAGGAGGAGUGGGCUCUUCUGGAUUCUGGCCAAAGGGCUCUGCACAGGGAAGUCACGGAGGAGAUAUACAACAUGGUGGCCUCUCUCGAAUCGGACCUCAAUUCCUGUUGGGAAGAAGGAGAAGAUCUGCUUAUCCAGGACCCCGAAGAAGAAGUGGCUUCAUCAGCAGCAGAUGAUGGGCAGAAGAAGGAGAAUUACAGGGAAUCACAGAUGAUGCCAUUGGUAACAACCAAGCGUGAAGCACAGAAUGAGACGUUUGGAAAUCACAGAGGACCGAAAAAGUGUAAAAGAAACCAGUCAAAGAAUAAGAAGAAAUCCUCUACUUCUAAGACUUUGCAUCAGAGAACCCACACAGAGGAGAAACCAUUUAAGUGCAUGGAGUGUGGAAAAAGCUUUCGUCAGAGCGGUCACCUUACUUUACAUAAAAGAACCCACACAGGGGAGAAGCCAUAUAAAUGCAGAGAGUGUGGAAAGAGCUUCAGUCGAAAGGAUUCACUUGCUGUACAUGAAAGAACCCACACAGCGGAGAAACCCUUUAAAUGCAUCGAGUGUGGAAAGAGCUUCAGUCAGAGCAGUCACCUUACUUUACAUGAAAGAACACACACAGGGGAGAAACCAUAUAAAUGCAUGGAAUGUGGGAAGAACUUCAGUCGAAAGGAUUCCCUUACUUCACAUCAAAGAACCCAUGCAGGGGAGAAACCCUUUAAAUGCAUUGAAUAUGGAAAGAGCUUCAGUCGAAAGGAUUCCCUUACUUCACAUCAAAGAACCCAUGCAGGGGAGAAACCCUUUAAAUGCAUCGAGUGUGGAAAGAGCUUCAGUCGGAAUGAUUCCCUUACUUCACAUCAAAGAAUCCACAUGGAGGAGAAACCGUAUGAAUGCAUGGAGUGUGGGAAAUGCUUCAGUAACAGAAGUAACUUAACUUCACAUCAACGAGCACAUACAGGGAAGAACAGAUUUGAAUGCAAGGAAUGUGGAAAGAGCUUCAGUGCGAGCAGUAAACUUAAGGUGCAUCACAGAAUACACACAGGGGAAAAACCAUUUAAAUGCACAGACUGUGGAAAGAGUUUUAGAAUGAGCAGUCAUAUUACCGUACAUCUACGAACACACACGGGGGAGAAACCAUUUAAAUGUAUGGAAUGUGGAAAGAGUUUUAGUGAGAGCGGUAACCUUACUUUACAUUGCCGAACGCACACUGGGGAGAAACCAUUUAAAUGCAGGGAGUGUGGAAAGGGUUUUAUUCGCAAUGAUCUUUUAACUUUACAUCAAAUAACCCACACAGGGGAGAAACCCUUUAAAUGCAGGGAGUGUGGAAAGAGCUUCAUUGCGAAAUGUAGCUUCACUGAACAUCAACGAACUCACACAGAGGAGAAACCUUUUCAGUGCAUGGAGUGUGGAAAGAACUUCAGUGCUAACGGUGCCCUCUCUAGACAUCAACGAGAACACACAGGGGAGAAACCAUAUAAAUGCAUGGAGUGUGGAAAGAGCUUCAGUGAUAGCAGUAAACUUAAUGCACAUCAUACAACUCACAUGGGAAAAACCAUUUAAAUGCAUGCAGUAAGAAUCAUCACCUUGGUUAACAUGAAAGAAUGCAUGCAGGAGAGAAACUAAAUUAAUGGAAUGCAGAAUAACAUCAGUGUGAGCCUUACUCUAUGUCUUUAAAGUGGAGGACUGGUGGAAUCUAGGUGACUAACGUAGAAUUUAGCAAUGUUAAGUAUGUAGUUAAUGUUAAUGUUAUGUGCCUUCAAGUCCAUCUCAACUUAUGGCAACCCUAUGAAUCAGUGUGCUCCAGUAGCAUAUGUUGUUAACCACGCUGUUCAGAUCCUUAAGAUCAGGUUUGUGGUUUCCUUUAUGGAGUCAAUCCAUGUUUUGUUUGGCCUUCCUCUUUUUCUACUUCCUUCUGUUUUUCACAGCAUUAUUCUUUUCUAGUGAAUCAUGUCUUCUCAUUAUGUGUCCAAAAUAUGAUAACUUCAGUGUCAUCAUUUUAGCUUCUAGAGAUAGUUCUGGUUUUAUUUGUUCAAACACCCAUUUAUUUGUCUUUUUCUAGGUCCAUGGUAUCCACAAAGCUCUCCUCCAGCAGCACAUUUCAAAUGAAUUGAUUUUUCUCUUAUCCACUUUUUCCACUGUCCACCUUUCACCAACUUUUUGGUUAAUGACUGUGCCAAAGUAUUGCUAAUCCUUGACAAGUUUAAUGUCCUCAUUGUCAACUUUAAAGUUACAUACAUCUUCUGUUGUCAUUACUUUAGUCUUCUUGAUGUUUAGCUGUAGUCCUGCUUUUGUGCUUUCCUCUUUAACUUUCAUCAGCAUUCGUUUCAAGUCAUGUAAUGACAACAGAAGAAAAUUUAUGUAACUUUAAGGUUGACGAUGAGGACAUUGAACUUGUCAAGGUUUAUCAAUACCUUGGCACAAUUAUUAACCAAAAUGGAGACAAUAGUCAAGAAAUUAGAAGAAGGCUAGGACUGGGGAGGAUAGCUGUGAGAGAACUAGAAAAGGUCCUCAAAUGCAAAGAUGUAUCACUGAACACUAAAGUCAGGAUCAUUCAAACCAUGGUAUUCCCGAUCUCUAUGUAUGGAUGUGAAAGUUGGACAGUGAAAAAAGCGGGUAAGAGAAAAAUCAACGCAUUUGAAAUGUGGUGUUGGAGGAGAGCUUUGCACAUACCUUGGACACACCCGGGGAGAAACCAUUUAAAAGCAUGGAAUGUGGAAAGAGCUUCAGUGUGAGUAGCGCACUUAAUGUACAUCACAGAAUACACACGGGGGAGAAACCAUUGAGAUGUGAUGUGGCAUAGGCCGCCAUUAGAGCAAGGCCUGGCGCACUCGUCCGCCCAUGGAGCUGUUGUCACAUACUGCUGUUACCAAUAGAAGGCCUGACCUAACUGCCCCUGAGGAGUUAGGGUGUAGAUCUGCUCUAGUGAAGCGCUUCACUGACUAAACAACCUUAAAGCAGGCUUUUGCUUCUUCAUGGAGUCUCCCACAAAACAGAAGCCAUUGUAAAUUCCACAACAGAUAUAUGGUGUGUGGAAAGCGUUUCAGUGAGAAUCGUCACCUUACUUUAUAUGAAAGAAUGCAGCCAGGGGAGAAACUGUAAAUGAAUGGAAUAUGGAAUGACCUUCAGUGUGGGCCUUACUCUACAUCUUUAAAGUAGAGGAGUGGUGGGAUUUCGGUGGACCAAUGUAGUAUUUAGCAAUGUUAAGUAUGUAGUUAAUUUUAAUCGUACAGGCUAUCAAAGAUUAAAGCCCUAUACAGCUUUGGGCCAAGAUACCUAGAAGAUCAUCGCACCUCUUAUGUAUCCAACUAAUCACUGCAACUCCCUCCUUUACAUAUCAGAUAUCUUCUGUCUCUGUUUUCUUUUGGGCAUCAACUGAAGACCUUCCUUCCCCCCCCCCAACCAAACUUUUAAAUGGAGAUCUUUAUCCCUGUUUGUAUUUGUAUUGGAUUUUAAAAUACUUUUAAUCAUUUUGAUGUAUGAAAUGGUUUUGUUGGUGUUUUGGGGAAGCAAUUAAUAAAUGGAAAUAAAAAAGUAAUGCUAAUCCUAUGUAAUGGCCACUUUACCAGGUGCUUUCAUAUCAUUUAGUAUACUUUUAACUGUUGAUGUUAUUCAUUUUCCUUUUUAAA